AAGAAACUUCACAUCAAAAACAUUUCUUCAGUUUGCCGACACUCCGUUUCCUUCUUCGUCUCUCCCUGCCCCCUCUCUCUCUCUCUCUCCCCGACCGCCAUGGAUUCUCCUUUCUGUGGCGUCUUCAAGCUCCUAUUGUUCUUCCUCUUCAUCACCUCCAUUGCCGUUGCGUUCUCAGAAAAACCCAUUUCCGCUUCCUCUUCUUCAUCUUCCGGGUCGGUUCAGAUCAACUCCAAUUCCGUACUCGUCGCCCUCCUCGAUUCCCACUACACAGAAUUCUCCGAGCUCAUCGAGAAAGCUCUUCUUCUCCAGACACUCGAAGAUGCUGUCGGGAAACACAACAUCACCGUCUUCGCUCCUAGGAACGAAGCUUUGGAGCGAGAGCUCGACCCUGAAUUCAGAGCUUUCUUGCUCGAACCCAGGAAUCUCAGAUCCUUACAAACCCUCUUGAUGUUCCACAUUGUCCCCAAACGAAUCGAGUCUCAUCAAUGGCCCCGCGAUGAUUCCUCUUCCGCCAAACACCGCACUCUCUGCAACGAUCACGUGAAUCUGAUCCAAUUCGACGGCCCAAAUCGGAGGAAAAUGAUUGAUUCCGCCGAGAUUAUCCGACCCGACGACGUGAUCCGACCCGACGGUAUCAUCCACGGGAUCCAGAAGCUUCUAAUCCCUCGCUCAGUCCAAGAGGACUUCAACCGCCGGCGAAGUCUCCGGUCCAUCUCCGCCGUAUUACCCACCGGAGCUCCGGAGGUUGACCCGAGAACCCACCGCCUAAAGAAACCGGCUCCUCCGGUCCCUGCUGGAGCUCCGCCGGUGCUUCCGAUCUACGACGCCAUGGCACCGGGACCUUCUCUAGCUCCGGCGCCGGCUCCGGGACCCGGAGGACCUCACCACCACUUCAAUGGCGAAGCCCAGGUGAAGGAUUUCAUCCAGACGCUCCUGCAUUACGGCGGGUACAAUGAAAUGGCCGAUAUCCUCGUGAAUCUGACCUCGCUAGCGACGGAGAUGGGUCGGUUGGUGUCGGAAGGUUAUGUGCUGACGGUUCUUGCCCCGAAUGAUGAAGCCAUGGCGAAGCUGACGACGGAGCAGCUGAGCGAACCGGGCUCGCCGGAGCAGAUCGUGUAUUACCACAUCAUAACGGAGUAUCAGACGGAGGAGAGCAUGUACAACGCCGUGAGGAGAUUCGGGAAGGUGAAGUACGAAACGCUGAGAUUUCCUCAUCGGGUCAUGGCCGAGGAAGCUGAUGGGUCGGUGAAGUUCGGACAUGGAGAUGGGUCGGCAUACUUGUUCGAUCCAGACAUUUACACCGACGGUCGGAUUUCUGUUCAGGGGAUCGACGGAGUUUUGUUCCCGGAGGAGGAGACGCCGGCGAAGAAACCCGCCGGUGCUGGGGUCGUGAAGAAAGCUGCUAAACCCAGGAGAGUUAAGCUGAUGGAAGUAGCAUGUCGAAUGCUGGAAUCCGUUGGCCAGGAUUCACUAUUCACCUCUUGUCAAUAAAAUAAAAAAAAUUCAAACGGGCAAGAAAAAUAAAAACAGAAAAAAUUUACUGCGUGAAAAUGAGGAAUUCAAUUUCUGUAAACGGGUGAUAAUAAUAAAAAAAAGAUUGAAUAUGUAAAUGAUUUUAUUUUUUAUGCGUUUUUUAAGCUUUGGCAUGUUCUAUUGUAAUUUUUUUGGCACAUAUAUGGAUAAUAUAAUAGAUUUUGAAGAUC